CGCGCGUCUCCCCCGCAAUGCGUUCCGGGCGGAAAGAGGCCGGCGCUUCUGCGAUGUCGGGGCCGCGGUGCCCGGGCGUGGAGGCCCCGGGCGCGGAUUUGCUCUCCUCCGUGUGGUCCACCUCGUCCGCCGAGACGUCGCUGUCGCUGGGCUCCGUGCGCACCAGGAUCUUCAAGAUCAUCGUCAUCGGAGACUCGAACGUGGGCAAGACGUGUCUCACUUUCCGCUUCUGCGGCGGCCUCUUUCCCGAGCGUACGGAGGCGACUAUCGGCGUGGAUUUUCGCGAGAGGACGGUGGAGUUGGAGGGCGAGAGGAUCAAGCUUCAACUUUGGGACACGGCCGGCCAGGAGCGCUUCCGUAAGAGCAUGGUAUCGCACUACUACCGCAACGCGCACGCCGUGGUGUUCGUCUACGACGUGACAAGCCGACCCUCCUUCCUCAGCCUGCCGAGCUGGCUCGCCGAGUGCGAGCGGCAUCUCAGUUCAUCCGACGCUCCUCGCGUCCUCGUGGGAAACAAGUGCGACCUCAAAGACAAAGUGGAGGUCCCAACAUCCCUGGCCCAGAAAUUUGCAGAUGCUCACGGAAUGGCACACUUUGAGACAUCCGCCAAGGAGCAAGAGGGCACAGGCGAUCAUGCCGAGGCCAUCUUCCUGACACUCGCCCACAGGCUGCGCAGCCAGCGUACCAUGGCCAUGCCGCGUCUAUUGGCUGCCCAGGACACAGCCAUAAACCUGGCCGAUGACAAGCAAGGCGCCGACAAUGGGUCCUACUGCUACUGCUGAAUGGAGGUGGUGUGCAGUGGGAGGGGAAAUGGGGCCUAAGGGUUAUACAAAAGCACUGGUUAAGACAGCCAGCAGAGCAGCUGGAUAAAAAGGUUACACGUAUGGAUGUGGCAAAGUCUUUGACAUUCUGAUAUGGACAGAUCUUCUUGUAGAAAACGUGAUGAAGUUCCAUGUAAAAUGUAUCUAAAAUGGUUGGACUCUAAAAGGAGAUUUAUACAUUUCAUGCUUAGAACAAUACGGUUAAUUAAUACAUUAAACAUAUGGGGAGUCGAUCAUGUUUUGGCAGAGGGCUUUUAAUCCUUGCUAGGCUGAAGAGACAUUCACCGAGAUGUGAAUCCCACCCAAUGAGGUCAUAUUCAAAAGUUAGUUUAAAGGCAAUUUUUGCUCAAACUAUUAGCAAAAAUACUACUUUCCCAAAGAGAGUAAUACUUUUUCUGAAAGAUUUGUUGAAAAAGGCUUUUAAUUAAGUAAUAAGGCCUAUUAAGUGUAAAAUAUGGUUCAGGGUGGUGAUUAAGAAGUUGCAAAAGACCUCUACAGUAGAAUAUAAAAUGUAAAUGUUUUUUUUUAAACCACCUAUGUACAGGAUGUUAUUUUAAUCACUUUAGUUGUAAUACGAAUCAAUAAAGAUAAAUAAUCCUGA